CUGUCAUUUCACUCUACUUUCUUCUCUCACAGUUUCUAAAAUAAACCCGAACAGCUUAAACUUUUCUCAGGAAUCAAUCAACCCCUCCCCCCCCCCCUCUUUUUUUCCUCUUUGAUUACUGCUUUUCAUUUCUGGGUUUGUUUUCUUUUUUUUUCUUUUGCUGCUCAAUUCUCUUUGCUUGUUAGCUUUUCUUCAAACUUAAAAAAAAAAAAAAACAGAGGAAAGAAGUUUUUUCUUUUUUGUAGUUUUUCUUAGUUUUUAAACAUGGGUUUUCAAUUUUUUAUAGAAAGAUUUGUUCUUUUGCAUGGAAAAGCUUUUCCAAAUAAAUCAUGAGUCAAAUAGAUUAUCUUAAGCUUCAUUCCUCUGUUUUUACUCUUUUUAAGGACAUGGAAUAGUAUAUAUUAAUAAUAUAUAAUUAAAUAGUCAAUUAAUACUUUAUUUGUAGUUAAUAGAAAUCUGGGCUUGUUUUUUUAUUGGCUUUCAGGGCAUCUAUCAGCUUAGCAAUGAACCACUGUAGUUCAGAUUGGAAUUUUGAUUCUGAUCUUCCAAUCUCCAAUCAAAAAAAUCUCUUGGGUCAAGAUAAUGAACUAGAAGAGCUUUUAUGGCAGAAUGGGAAGGUAGUUUUGCAAAGCCAAACUCAUAAGAAACAAGAUGAUGAAACAGUCUCAUGGAUCCAAAACCCUUUUGAGGAAUCAUUUGAGAAAGAGAUGUUUUCCAACUUUUUCUCUGAAUUUCCAGCUUAUGAUCCCAUGGAUCACCAACAUGAACAACAAGAGGAUGAUAAAAGUUUAAAACAUAAGAACAAUUUGAUGCAAAGAGAAGUUAAUGAACUUUCAGGAAUGGCAAUUGGGUCAAGCCAUUGUGGAAGCAAUCAAGUUCGAAAUGAUGGAGAUCUUAGCAGAGGAUCAAGCAAUGGAAUUGGAACUACAUCCACUGGUUUAUCUGUAGGGACAUCUAAAGAUGAUGAAGAUGAUUAUAAUGGUGGCCAAGUUGAAAAUGAGAAAGGAACUUCAGUUGGAGUCACUAGUAGCCAGAAAAGGAAGAACGGAGAUGGUAGGGAAGAUUAUGAGUGUCAAAGUGAGUUUGCUGAAGAUAAGCCAGUCCGACGAUCUGGGUCUUAUCGUCGCCGGAGUCGAGCUGCCGAAGUUCAUAAUUUAUCGGAGAGGAGAAGAAGGGAUAGGAUCAAUGAGAAGAUGAGAGCAUUACAAGAGCUCAUCCCUCACUGCAAUAAGACAGAUAAAGCAUCUAUGCUAGAUGAGGCCAUUGAAUAUUUGAAGUCACUUCAAUCACAACUUCAGGUCAUGUGGAUGGGAAAUGGGAUGGCCCCAAUGAUGUUCCCUGGAAUCCAACAUUAUAUGUCCCCCAUGGCAAUGGGAACAGCUCCACCUACAAUGCCUUCAAUUCAAAACCAACGUUUUAUUCAAAAUCCCACUUUUUCUGAACAAUAUGCACGUUUUUUAGGCUUUCAACAUAUGCAAACAGCUUCUCAGCCAAUUAAUAUGUUUGGUUAUGGCUCCCAAACUACACCUCAAAGUCCCACGGUAUUAGGCUUUAGCAAUGGCAGUAACCAACUCAAUGGAGGAACAACUGCUGCCAAUAACACUUCUCUAAGUGGCAAGAUAGGUGGAGAGGUUCAACUUGAGUGCAAAACCACUGCCAAUCUGGGAUUUAACUGAUGUGGAAUUUCAUCACUUGAACAAGUUUGAUCACUUGUAGUAUGUACAAAGGAGGUUACCAUGGAAGCUUUUAUAGAAGGAGUUAAAUUGCAUUUUGUCUUACAUCUUCUCUUAUGAUAUUCAUGUCAUAGAACUAGUAUCAAUUUCAUCUUCUCCCAAAAUUAACCUUCUCGUUGGCCCCAACUUCAAAAUAUUAGGGGGCAAAAGUACCAUGGAAGCCCUUGUAUUAGGGGUUAGAUUACAUUUUGCCUCUUUUAUUUAAAAAAUAAGCACAUUAAUUUUUAUACAUUAAAUCAAAAAACAAACUGGUCCUUCUGUUAAAAAGUUCAUCCAAUUCAACUAUUGAAAACUAGUCAUUGUAGGCCAUAUGAGGUACACGUGAUAUGCCAUGUGUAAUUCUUUUUUUAUUCUGUCAUUCACAACAAUUUUAAACAGUAAAAUGAUUGGAAUUUUUAACAGGAAA